AUGAUAUUUUCACGAAGAAGGACUUUGCCUCUCUUCAUCCCUGACAUUGUUAUCAACAGUGACUCAAUCAGCUAUAGUGAAGUAGUAAAAUUUUUGGGCAUAUUUAUCGACUCCAAAUUAAGCGGCAAACCGCAUUUCACUCAUGUCAUUACCAAAUGCAGAAGAGCUCUCAACAUUAUGUCUGCUCUGGCCGGGGUUUGGUGGGGAGCCCAUCCCCAACAUCUUAUGAUGAUAUUCAAAGGCAUCAUUAGGAGCAAUAUAGAUUACGGCUGUCAGAUCUUUCAAUUGUCUGGUAACCUGACCAUUUUUGAAAAACUCCAAAGGUUACAAUAUAAGGCUAUUCGCAUUGAUUACGGUUACCGCCAUUCCACGCCAAUAAAUGUUUUAUUAGAUGAGGCCAAGGAGCCCCCUCUGCAUUACAGAUUUAAUUACUUGACUGCUAAACUGGUCCUCAAGAAUAUUGCGCAGGAAUUUAGCCCGGUUACCAUCGGUUUGGACGAGCUAAUCCCGCUCGCCAGAUCUCCUCGCAACUGUGAGAAAGCUUGCAAGAUCAUCCCCUCGUUCAGGUACUGCCAUGCCAUCAUCGGCAAAACGAGCAAAAUUCAUCACACCGUAUCCCUACCAGUAUUCAGCCACAGUUUCCUAUCUCUAAUCCACAAUAUUCAGUACACACCUUUACUUUUUCAUUCGGACAUACAAAAUGUGAAUUCUCUCUUCCUAGAGUGUACGAAAGAUUUAAGGAAGGACGCUAUCACGUUUUACACGGACGGCUCUAAGGAUGAUUCGGGAUUCGUCUCUCAGCGCAGGUAUAUAUUCGCCAGAAUUAAAGAUCCAGGUCAUGCACAAAUUGCCUAUGGAGACCAUCAUUUUCUCUGCUGA